GUUACCAUCGAAAUCAAAAAUAAAUAUUUCAUUUUAAUAGGUUUAUUUCAUUUACAAUGUUUAGAUAAAUAUGUAAUAUUUGUUUAUUAUAUUAUUAAUUAGAUAAACUUUUUUUUUUAAUUUUUAAUUUUAAAAAAUGGAGGAAGGAAGAUUCAAAACAGUGUUCAUUACAUUUUCUAUAGCUCUAAUAGCAAGUUUAGGUUCCUUGGUCUGUGGUUCAUGGAUCGGAUGGUCGGCGCCGGCAACUUACCUAAUGAAGACAAACCAGACCAACUUGGAAGUGAUUGAUUACGGGAUGAUGAUUGCCAUGUACGACUUGGGGAACAUGAUCAGCCCUAUCCCGUGCGGUUAUCUUUUGGCACUUUACGGCAGGAAGUGGACGAUUCGCAUGAUCGGGCCGAUGAACAUAAUCGCCUGGAUCACGAUUAUCAUAUGGCCGUCCCAGUUGGGUGUCCUCUACAUUGCCAGACUGUUCGCAGGACUGGCAAAGGGAAUGACAUUCAGCUCCGUACCAAUGUAUGUGGGUGAAAUAGCCGAGGUCCAGUUGCGGGGUGCAGUGUUGUCCUUGUUUCCAAUUAUGUUAUGCGUAGGCAUGUUAGGCAUACAGACGAUCGGUCAGAUGCUAAACUACAUAGAGCUCAACAUUUUGGGUUUGUGUUUCUCAGUCAUGUUCACGGUACUCUUUUUCUUUAUGCCCGAAAGCCCGUACUAUCUGAUGCAGCAAAAUCAGCGGGAUGAAGCAGAGAAAUCGCUCAAGAGAAUCCGAGCCAAGGAUGACGUAACGGACGAGCUGGAGCUCAUCGAUGAAACGGUUACCAAGCAGAUGCAGUCAAAGACCACUUACAGGGAGUUGUUCCAAAACAAGGCCAACCGGAGGGCUUUUAUCAUUACGGCAGGAGCUAGCAUGUUUCAGAGGCUCAGCGGCGUUAGUCCAUUCAUACACUUCUCCUCGAUCACGCUACCUUCCUCCAACUACUGGAUGAAACCGUUGGUGGCCGUCGUGUUGUUCACCGUGUCCAAGAACAUCGGCACGCUGUCGAACAUGGCGCUGGUGGACUGGAUGGGACGGAAACCGCUGAUGUUGAUCUCGCACGCCGCGAUGUCCGCGCUGACGGCCCUGUACGGCUUGAGCCUGUACGCGUUGGCCAACGGGCCCGAAGACCAUCCGCUGGCGUGGUGCCCUGUGAUCUUGCUGUGGCUGUUCGGCUUUGCGUACUCCGUGGGCGCAGGUUCGCUAACGUACACGCUCAUCGGCGAGAUGUUCGCGGCCAACGUCAAGACCAAGGCUGCUCCGCUGUGCGUCAUGUGCCUGGCCGGUUCGUCGUUCCUGCUGGACGGCAUCUACACCAAAAUAUCCAGGGCGUUCGGCGUCUACACCAAUUAUUACAUGUACGCCGUGUUCAACCUCGUCUGGGCCGUCGUCGCCGGUUUCGUCAUGAUCGAGACCAAGGGCAAAACGUUUCUUGAAAUCGAGCAAAUACUCGCGACCCCUUGAUCACUUCGAUGUCGACUGCAGUAUGCUGCCCAGUCGAUCCUGCAGUGAUGUUUUUUUUUUUCAAUUUAUCGCUUGAAAUGAAAAUAUACGCGACCUAACACACAAACGUAUAAAUUAUAUUUUAUGGGUCUAUCGAAAAUGUUAUGAUUUAUGAUUAAUAUAAUAUAUCAACAUAUAAUUUUUUUACA